UGGAUAUGUAAUGAGAGAUAGAGAAAAAAGAGAGUGCCGUAAGAAGAAAGGAAAGAAGAUUAACAGUACUUCCAUACCUCUAUAUAUGUUAGGAGAGUGAGAGGGGCCAAGUCCAAGUCCAACACAAAUUACAAAUAAACCAAAAAGAUACCAACAAACCCAAUACCAAAGGAAAGGUGUUUUGAUGGUAGGAUAGAAAGGGAGGCUUUCUUUCUUUCUUUCUUUACUCUUCACUCUUCACUCUUCACCCCCCUCACAAAAACUCACCACCUCUCAUAAAGGCUGUGCCAGAGACCAACAACAAGAAGAAGAAAGAAAAGAAAACACACGUCUUUUUUUUUUUAUUAUUAUUAUUAUUAAAAAAGAGAAGAAUAAAAACAAAGGUCUGUCUUUUAGUUCUUUACCCCUUUUUUCUUUUCUUUCUUUUUAUUUUCUGUUUUCUUCCCUUGAAAAUAUCCCCUUUUGGCCCCCAGAGGAAGUAGAAUCCAAGUUCUUGAUCCUUUCCUUUCACAUAUUCUCUCUUUUCAUCUUUAUGUGAAAGAAAGAUGGCAUGAUUAUGAAACAACCCUAAAGUUGGUUUGAUCUCAAGCCUGUUUUUCGAGUUUCUGGACUGCCAUAAUCAAACACACAUACAGACACUACCCCUUUUAAUUCUUUCUCACAUACAUAUAUAUCUAUGCAUCUUCCUACACAUAUAAAUUGAGGCAGGCCAGGGUUUGUUGGGGUUGAGGGCUUUGAUAUAUUAUUAUUAUGUGUGACAACAACAAAGAGAAUCAAGAAAAUAUUUUACAUGUUUUAACUGAUAAUAUUGAGGGUUUCCAAAUUCAGGAUCAAUCUCUUAUCCCACAGAUGCAGCAGCAGAAUACUAGUGCUGAUGCGUAUAUUGGAGUAGGAGGAGGAGGAGGAGGAGGUGGUGGAGGUGGAGGUGGAGGAGGAGGGGGAUCAACUCUAACUUUCCCUGAGGUAUCACAAAUCCUUCCAUGGACUCUCCCAUCAGUCCAUAACUUCAACCCCGUCCACGACCCGUUUCUUCUCCCCCCUCCAGCACCACCCUCCUAUGGAGGUCUGUUCAACAGGAGGCCAUCCGGGUUGCAGUUCGGAUACGAUGGCGGGUCGUCGGACCACCACCUGAGGCUCAUUUCGGAGUCUUUGGGCCAGGUUGUGCAUCCCAGCUCCGCCCCUUUUGGGCUGCACGCCGAGCUGCAGAAGAUGACGGCUCAAGAAAUUAUGGAUGCUAAGGCCCUUGCUGCCUCCAAAAGCCACAGUGAAGCUGAGAGGAGGCGCAGAGAAAGAAUUAACAACCAUCUGGCUAAGCUCAGAAGCUUACUCCCAAGUACCACCAAAACAGACAAAGCUUCAUUGCUGGCAGAAGUAAUCCAGCAUGUGAAGGAGCUAAAGCGCCAAACUUCUCUAAUAGCCGAAACCAGCCUGGUCCCGACCGAGAUGGAUGAAUUAACUGUCGACAACGCAUCGGAUGAAGACGGUAAACCUGUGAUCAAAGCCUCAAUUUGCUGCGAGGACAGGUCCGAUCUCUUGCCUGACCUGAUCAAGACUCUAAAAGCUUUGCGGCUGAGAACACUGAAAGCUGAAAUUACGACACUUGGAGGAAGAGUUAAGAAUGUCUUGUUCAUCACUGGAGAGGAAGACUCAAACAGUAGUGGAAAUGGUGAUCAUCAAGGGGAGCCGCAGCAGUACUCUAUAAGCUCAAUACAAGAAGCCCUUAAAGCAGUAAUGGAGAAAUCCAAUGGGGAUGAGUCUGGUUCAGGGAGUGUUAAGAGGCAAAGAACCAAUAUCAGUAUCCUUGAACACAGGUCCCUUUAGUUUGAAGAAUUAAUCAAUACUAAUUGCUAUAACAAGCCUAGCUUAUUUUAUUUUUCUUCUUCUGUUUCUCUAUCAUGUGUGGUUUUUGGGUUGUGCUAUUUUUACCAUAUAUAUGGGGUGUGCUAGAAGUAAAUCAUAUAUUUUGGGGUAACUUAUUGAAAAGGGAGUGUGAAAUAGAAAAAGUCCAGAGAGAAAAGAAAGUGAAAACAGACAGCUGACAAGAGUGGAUUGUGGUUGGUGAGAUCAGUUCCAUUUAUGUAUGUUACAGCUUCAUUUUCUUGAACAUGAUUCUCCACACACACACAUGGUUAGAAUGUAGGGCAAAAAACAGUGGGGGAUCUUUUCCGUGAGGAGGGAAACCUUAGAUCAAAACCUAACAUAGAAAUAUUGGAGUUUGAGAGGUUUUCUUGAUCUGGUUUAGGCUGAAAACUUGCAGCAUGCUGUUUUAUAUCCCUCUAUAGGUCAGACAUCGGCAAUAGGUUAUUUUGAGAAAGGUGACAUAUUGCUUCUUGUCAUGCAUAUGCUACAAGCUCCCCACCACCACUACCACCGCCUCCGCGGCUUCAGCUACGGCGUUCUAAAAUCAUUACUGAUGAAGGACGAAUUUAGUUCUCUUUAAAUAGAGCUUUGAUAUACGGACUUAUGGUGGGAUGUAUAUAGAAUGAGGGCAUUGGUAUAUUUCCUUUUCUCCCUUUAUUAUGCAAGUGGUCAUCAAAUAUAUGUAUAUGUUGGCCCAGGGUGAGGUUUGGUGUAUCAAAGUGCAAGAUUUUAGUUGCACUUGUAGUAAAAAGACCAUCAUUUCAUUAUCUUUUUUUGAGUGUUUCAUCUCA